UUUCUUGGAAAGCUUUGAUCGCGUUGCAUAAAAGCGCGUGUGAGUAAGACACUUCACCAGUUUGUUGUAGAAGUCAGGGUGAGAUACUCCUCUUUAGCGUUUAGUAUAACUUUAUAAAACAGACAUCAUGUGUGACGACGAAGUAGCCGCUUUGGUUGUAGACAAUGGAUCCGGAAUGUGCAAAGCCGGUUUCGCCGGAGAUGAUGCUCCAAGAGCCGUGUUUCCCUCCAUCGUUGGAAGACCAAGACAUCAGGGAGUCAUGGUUGGUAUGGGUCAGAAAGAUUCAUACGUAGGAGAUGAAGCCCAAAGCAAGAGAGGUAUCCUCACCCUGAAAUACCCCAUUGAACACGGUAUCGUCACAAACUGGGACGAUAUGGAAAAGAUCUGGCAUCACACCUUCUACAACGAACUCCGUGUUGCCCCAGAAGAGCACCCAGUCCUGCUCACUGAAGCUCCACUCAAUCCCAAAGCCAACAGGGAAAAGAUGACACAGAUCAUGUUCGAGACCUUCAAUGCACCAGCCAUGUACGUUGCCAUCCAGGCUGUACUCUCACUGUACGCUUCCGGUCGUACCACUGGUAUCGUCCUCGACUCCGGAGAUGGUGUCACACACACCGUACCAAUCUACGAAGGUUACGCUCUUCCCCACGCCAUCCUCCGUCUCGACUUGGCCGGUAGAGAUCUUACUGAUUACUUGAUGAAGAUCCUUACCGAGAGAGGUUACUCAUUCACAACCACCGCCGAGAGAGAAAUCGUAAGAGACAUUAAGGAAAAAUUGUGCUAUGUUGCUCUUGAUUUCGAACAGGAAAUGUCAACCGCCGCUUCCUCAUCUUCCCUAGAAAAGAGCUACGAAUUGCCUGAUGGACAGGUAAUCACCAUCGGUAACGAGAGAUUCAGGUGUCCAGAAUCACUAUUCCAGCCAUCCUUCUUGGGUAUGGAAUCUGCUGGUAUCCAUGAAACCACAUACAACAGUAUCAUGAAGUGCGAUGUCGACAUCCGUAAGGACUUGUACGCUAACACCGUCUUAUCUGGUGGUACCACCAUGUUCCCAGGUAUUGCCGACAGAAUGCAGAAGGAAAUCACAGCACUUGCUCCAAGCACAAUGAAGAUCAAAAUCAUUGCUCCACCAGAAAGGAAAUACUCCGUCUGGAUCGGUGGUUCCAUCUUGGCUUCAUUGUCCACCUUCCAACAGAUGUGGAUCAGCAAACAGGAAUACGAUGAAUCUGGUCCAUCCAUUGUCCACAGGAAAUGCUUCUAAAUUAACUCGUUUUCUAGGACUUAUAUUAAUUUAUUUUCAAAUUUCGUUAAAACAAAAAGCUUCGUGCUUGGUAACAUGGACUUUAAUCUAUACAAACUGACUUUAACCCUUUUAAACUUCAGAUCUGUUUAAGCAUUGAGCUAACGGUACUUGCACAAAUAUAUGACAGUAAAUUAUUAUUUAUUUUAUGUGAAAAAGUCUGGUGGUUCAAAUGCAAGAAUGUGGAGAGUUGAAUGUGAAAAAGACUUGUAAAAAUACUGAACAAUCCGUUAAACAUAUCUCAGGUCUCGACGGGAGAUAACUUUCUACAAAAUUUGAUGUACAUGUGGAAUAAAUCAUCUGCAUUAUUGUGAUAAAAUGACCUUUAUACAUCCAAUUAUAUUAAAUCUUAUAAAAAAAUAA